CAGUGUUUAAAAAAAUGAAACAUUUAAUUGGAGAUUUUUAUAUGAAAAGUAAUAAAGCGAAUGAGCAGUGUGGAAAAUCAAUGGAUCAAAAUAAAAUCGAUAUGUAUCUCAUAACUCCUGUUCGUGAUCGUAAAACAUCUGAUCGUAAACGAGUUCCAAACGCCGAAGCUUACAGCGCAGAAUAUUUUAAGUCAAUUGCAAAAAAAAUUAGUGCAGCUGACAUUAUUGAAAGCAGCUCAAAUUCAAAUGAAUCGGCACAAUCAGAUAUCAGUAGAAACGUUAUAUUGUCUCGUAAAUUAGAGAAAAUGGAACUAAAACAGCGCGAAAAACAGCAGACUUACAAAGAUUUAUAUUCAAUCGAUGGUACACCAUAUAUCAUUGAGAAAAACGAAAUAAAUUUCAAGACUAACGAAAUUAUAAAGAAAAUCACCAGUAAAUCAUCUGUAAUUGAUUUUACCUGUGCUGGUCAUGAGAAAUCAUUUUACAAUUGGAUACUUGAAAAACGUAAUUGUAAAAAAAUGAAUGAUAACAGCUGUUUGCCAUUUAUUGAUCCGGAGAUGAUCAACAACAACCGAAAACCUAAUUUAAAUCUAAUCAAUUCCGACAUGAAAGAUCCACAAAGUUCUAUACAAAGACCAAGUUCGAGCUGCAGCAUAGUUUAUCAUUCUGUCGAUCGUUAUGGAAUUCCAUUCACAAUGAUUAAUAAGGCAAAGAAAUAUCAGGAGAAAAUGGAUAUUCAAAAAAAUAUCUUAAAGAAAGUGCGUCGUGCACAUAUGGGCUGCAAUCAACCGCCGUCAAAUGAUGAUUCAUCCGACGGCGACAGCGUUCAAAAUGUUAAACGGCUUGCUUUAGUUCGUACGCCAUAUUUUUUGCUACCAACCAUAAAACGGAAUUGUGUACGUCGAAAAGAACGAUUUCGAAACAAAUAUCUGCGAAAUAGUCGUUUAAAUCGCAUCAACUGCUUACUAUAUCGAAAAUUAAAUCCUAAACUCAAUGAUAAUCCAAUGUUGGCUACAACAAUUUUAGAGAAACAUUUUUCAAUACCAAAAACCGAACAUUUGAUUGAAAGCGAACAUAAAGAUUCAUUGACAUCGUCGAACCCAAUCAGACUUAAACUUUGUUCGAUUAUUAAUUCAAAAUACACCGAAGUAGAACGAAUCAAUAAAUUUCAUGAAAGAAACACUCCAAGAUUCGAAAUAUUCAAUAAGCAUGUAACGAAUACGUUUGAAAGUGUACUGCCAUCGGACAAUGAAAAAAUCAUUAAGAAAAAGUGCAACGAUCAAGGCAUCAACGAUGAAUACAUAUCGCAUAAACUGUUUAAGCGUAAAAAACAAUUUCGCACCUGGAAACUUGAUGAAAUUGAAGGACCACUCUACACUGAUCCAUUUUUAAUUGAUAAAACUGAAUGCGGAAUGCGUGCGAAAUUUUAUGGAAAACAUCGGUAUUACAAAAGUUUGUUGAAAACUAAAUUUGGUUUGCGGAAACGCCUAGAGAUAAACGAUGAGCCAUGUAUUUUGGAGAAAAUUGGUGCAAACGAUGAUCCGAAUAAUCCCAUUUUUCCAACGAAUUGGGACACUCAUUAUGUACAUGACAUGCGUCGUCGACGCACUAAAACACAAUUCUGCGUUAAAUCUGAUUGCUCACAACUGAGGGACAUCUUUCGAAAGAAUUUUCUGAUCUAUUAUAUACAAGAAAGUAUUUACGAUUUGAAAAGCCGUCAGAUUUCUGAAGACUGCAUUACAAGGAACGUUGAAGUUUUUGGACAAAAAUGUCACAAAUUAUUUAUCGGAUGGUCGGAAGAUGCAUAUGAAAAAUUAAUCGAGAAAAAUAAGACAUUUCGAGAGUUACAAUCGAAUAACAAAAUAAUAUGGGACCAAUAUUAUAACACCGUGGAUACUUAUAACAAACUAAAAAAAGAUGUGUCUCUCAGCGAAUAUCGAUGGAAAUUCAUCUAUCGAAUUGAAAACUAUUAUCAUAUGCUGAUGGACUUGGAUCGACGGCAAAUAAGUGAUUCGACAAACUUUGAUACUAAAAGUAAAUUAGUUUGUCCACGCGAUGCCAUCAAAUGCGCAAAGAACAGCAAUUUUAUUCAGCCCACUUCAAAACAAUUGAAAAAUAGUGUGAAAAUGUUGCUGGACAAAUCCUUUGGUGAACUUAAUGAAAACAACAAAACAAUGUGGUUGUUCAAAGAUUUCCAAUUAAUGUAUAAAACGUUAAGAGACAAGAUAAAUGAGUAUGAAAAGCAACAAGCAGAAAAAGUUGAAAUAUUUGAAAGAAAGAUGAAUUUAUGUGUAACACGCACCCAAUGGUUACGUAAAAACGGCGAGCAUAUGCUGACGAACGUCCUUUCGAAGGGAUUUUCAAAUUCACAUAAUCAAAAGGUGGUGGGAACAGUGAACGCAUUAUACAUGCGAAUCACAGAGAAAGUGGAAACAAAUCAACAAUUUGUGAAAAAUAUUAAAGACUCAAAUAAUUUCCGUCUCAUUCAUAAACAUUUAAUGGAACUUUUACAGAUUUUGGACAAUAUUUCGACGGAUAUUUUGAUUAUUUGCCGAGAUAGAGUUCGAAAAAAAUAUUUAUUCAAAGAUAUGGAAUCAAAAAAAGCGAUUUUAGCACAGAAUCGCUUCGAAAUUCUCAAAAAACAAAUAAAAAAUCAGUUUGUAUAAUGGCAUACACACGCAAUAAUUACAGUAUAUAAAACUCAAUAAAUAACGAUGAUAAUUAGUAAAACAAAACGUAUUAAUUUCAUGAAAUAGGUGGUAAUGUGAGGUGGAAAUGUGUAAAUUAAAUUCGAAUUGGCAUCAGGGUAAUAUAGGGCAGAAAGCGUUUCAAGCCACGCUUCUGCACAUAAGGCGCACCAGUUACGUAUUGCAUUCAAAUCUGUUCCGCGCGCACACACACUACACGGAACAGUUCCGGUAUAUUUGCUUAUAAAACUUUGUAACGCCCCUCAGAGGGACGAUUUCAUUUUUUAUCUCGCUCACCCAACAAAUG